CUAAAAAUGUAAAUACAGAACUUUGUGAGCACAGAAUGAGGCCGCGGUUAACUCUGAAAAGACUUUCGUGGCUAAUUUUGAGUGUGUAUCUUCUCUGUACUUGUUACGGUGCAUAUGUUUUACUCUCGCAGAAAGCCAGUGAGACUUCACAGUCGGGAAAGAGCUACAGAAAAGCUGAAGGUCUUUCAGACAAAUUAGAAGACAAGGUUGUACCUGAACCUGUCACCCAUAAAAGCUUAAAGCUUCAGAGAGAGACAGAAACAAGACAGAAUCUGAGGGAAACCAAAGACAACCACGGCAAAAAUGUUGACAUUAGCUCCAGCAAGGAAAAUGCCAUAGAGAUCUGGAGCAGGGCUGGAGUUGGUCAGUAUACUUGGGAGCAUAUCUUGGGCGCGUCUGUGGAACCAAGAUUAGGAGGUGUAUGGAGCUAUGGACGUAAGACAGAAGGCAACAUAACAUUUACGUUCAGAAUGGGGCCCGGUGUAUUACCCAACAAAGUCCCGACCGAGGUGGAGAACCUCCUGCUCGUUCUCAACGGGAGGGCGCCAGACAAAGUGGAAUUCACGCGCACGUGGCUGGACUACCUGGACGCGUUUCCCCAGCUGCGCAACGUGGCUCUGAUGCUGAUCGGCAGCGAGCAGUGCGACAACGACUGGGUGCUGCCCUAUAUGGCGUCGCGGGGUGGGCCGUUGAGAUUCCUGUUAGUCGUUUACGACACCCCACUGGUAGAUGAUGCUGAGAUUUACCAAUGGCCGCUGGGAGUGGCAACGUACCGUGGGUUUCCAGUUGUAGACUCUGCCGGCUUGAAUGUGCGGGCCAGUCGUCCGUACCGCUGCAAUUUCAUGGGCACAAUUUACCCAAACUCGUCCCGGGAAACACUGCUACGUGUAAUCAAGAAGCACAACCUCGGCGAUUACUGCUAUGUGAGAGCCAGGGAGAGUUGGGAGCCAGCUGAAAAAGAAGAGACAAGACUCGACUAUGAGCGAAUCCUUUCCCAGAGUGACUUGACGCUCAGCCCUGUCGGCUUGAACACCGAGUCCUAUCGCAUCUAUGAGGCUUGCUCCUACGGAUCUGUCCCCGUCAUAGAAGACGUAAAGACCUCGGGGAGAUGUGCCCGCGAGCCGCUUCGCCUCCUAAAACGAUUCCAAGCACCGUUUAUUUUUCUCAAAGACUGGAAUCAGCUUCCUGAGAUACUGAAAGAGGAAUCAAGGAAAACUCCACAGGAAAUUUACCAACGUCGUGAAGAAUUGCUUCGAUGGUACGACAACUUCCGUGCGGAACUGAAACAGGUGUUUUUAAAAACCAUACAAGGUAGCUUUUUCCCAACAUGAAUUUUUCAAAUCAACGAUUUUUCCUAACUUUUUAUAAGCCUUUUAUGGUAUUUAUUUCCUUGUACAUUGUAUAUGAAUUCAUGUAAAAGAACUUUUAUACAAUUAUUUAAAAAUGGCCCGGGCCGGGCAAAUACCAUACAAAUUAAUUUUUUGUUAUCUUUUAUUUGAAAAUGUAGCAAUUUUAUGCAGAUGAAUUGCAAAAGCCAAAUGUUGUUUCUUUUUCAACAUAUUGGAGCAAAAACCUCAAAGUAAACUUAAACCUGGCCAUUUGUCAUGGUCCAAUUUUUGUUUAAAAUUUGGACCGAUUUGGUUUAAAAGGAUAUUAUAAGUGAAGCCGUUAUGAAGUCACGACAAUCAAAGUAUACAUGUUGGGCGCAAUCGGUCGAUCACGUUGCGCGGUGGGUCCAUUCUGUAGGAUAUCUUGGACUUUUAUCUUUAAAAAAAAAAUUCCUCCAGAGCCGUGAAUUACAUGUACAGGCGACUCUCAUUAUAAAGAGCACUUUUAUAAAGAGGUUCUCCUUAUAAAGAGCAAAUUCUGAGGUCCCAAAUCUCAGGUUCUCUUUGUGUUUCUUUGUUUCGCUGUCCUUUUAUAACAACAUUCCUGUUAUGUAGAAAGAAAAGACUGGUUCGACUGGUGGCAGUGCAAAUCGACCGAUAGCACAACGCGAUCGACCACUCGCGUCCAACAUACACGGUUAUAUACAAACUCUAUAAAUCCUUUCCCAAACCCUGUACGAGUUUCACAAAUAAACAGUGCAAAAAAAACAGACAAAAUCUUUCCAAACUUGUUUAAAAGUUGUUGUAUUAUUUUACUGUGAACUUGUGCAAUGGGCUUGAAAUACAUUAUUUGCAAAGACGAGUAACAAAACAAGUUACACCUUUUUGUUGCCAGAUACUUUCAAGAAAAUGAUCUUUGUGGCUUUUUUUUAGAGUGAUGGAAAAUAAUCAUGUCUUUUACAAUCUAAAAUGACUAUAUUUCUUGUUACCCCAACCCUGAUGUUUGAAUCCUCACAAUCAACUGAAAUUUACAACAAAAAAGUUACUUAGAACUGUAAAAAAAAUUAGUUCUAAGGUAACACAAAAUGUUUUUGUCCUUUAAUAUUUUACAACUCAUUUGACUACAGCAUAAACAUUAAAAUAACACUAAUAACUUACUUUUUUUUCUAAAAAUGUACACGUGUUUAAAAAAUAAAAUCGGUGCAUCUUUAAAUACAUUUUUUCAAUAUAUUAUAUGCACCUGGCGUUAUUUAAUUAUAUUUCAACAGGUUUUUUUAAUUCUUGGGAAUCGAAAAGAUAGCUAGAAAAUGGAUAGCAAAAUUACGUUUUUCCGAAUAAAAUAUUUUCCUUUAGUAAAUAUUAA